AUGGAUAGAAAUGCCUUCCACACUUUAGUUCUCUUAACUAAGGAUAUUGGAGGUCUGACCGAUAGUAAAAGUAUGUCAAGCAGCGAAAAAUUAGCAAUGUUUUUAAAUAUCUUGGCUCAUCAUGAGAAAAUAGAUCCAUCAAGGUUGAUUAUAUUAGAUCGGGAUGGAGCGUGCACUAGAUGGUACUUCAUUCCCAUUAGAGUUCCAAUCCAACACAAACCAAGAUAUAGAACAAGAAAAGGAGAGAUAGCAACUAAUGUUUUGGGAGUUUGUGAUAGAAAUCUCAAUUUUACUUAUGUGUUACCUGGAUGGGAAGGUUCAGCUGCCAAUGGUCGUGUAUUACGAGAUGCUAUAGUACGAAGGAAUGGUAACUAUUAUUUGUGUGAUGGAGGAUAUACGAAUGGAAAAGGAUUUCUUUCACCUUAUCGAGGUUAUAGAUAUUGGUUAAAGGAUUGGCGAGGCGAUAAUCCAUCGCCUCGAUGUAAAGAAGAGCUUUUCAACAUGAGGCAUGCUAGAGCUCGUAAUGUAAUUGAAAGGGCAUUUGGUUUGUUGAAAGGACGUUGGGGAAUUCUUAGAAGUUCUUCAUGGUACUCGGUUAAGGUUCAUAACAGGAUCAUUAGUGCUUGCUGCUUGAUUCAUAAUUUCAUUCGUAGAGAGAUGGAAGUGGAUCCCUUAGACAUUGAUAUAGAAGAACAAAUGGAGUAUCAACACGAGAAUAUUGAUGUUGUUGAAUCGUCGGAGGAGUGGACCACUUGGAGGGAUGAGCUGGCUCAAUCAAUGUGGAAUGCAAGAUUUAACAAUUGA